CCGGCUAGUAUAUGGGUUGCUCGCUUAUGGUUGUAUAACAACACCUGUGGCAUUCAAAGGUCAGCUGUGGUGUGAAGUUUUGUCACUGCCUGUGAGGCUUAACGUCUAAAACGUAGCUUGGCCUGCAAGAGACAUUCCAGACAAGGGUUUGGUCAGCCACCAUGUUUUCCCCGUGGUUCGUCGGCCUUUCAUGAUCCCAAUGACCUCAACGUUGCUUUUGAGCAGAGAGUCGGCUCCAUCCCUGAUCUCUUUCUACAAGCUCUGAAAAAAAGAACAUUUUGUGCAAAAGCUGCAGUGGGGUGCUCUUCCAAAUGUCUACCUCACGCCUAAAGGACAAAUCACUGCAGCCACAGCCCUGAUCAGCCGCCGCCAUGACAUCAAGUAUAGGGGAUGAUUGUAGCCUCUUUGAUGGGUUGAUGGAAGAAGAUGAGAAGGACAAGGCGAAACGUGUGUCUCGUAAUAAGUCAGAGAAGAAAAGGAGAGACCAGUUCAAUGUCCUCAUCAAGGAGCUCGGCACCAUGUUGCCAGGCAACACCAGGAAGAUGGACAAGUCCACCAUCCUGCAGAAAAGCAUCGACUUCCUGUGUAAACACAAAGAAAUUGCAGCCCAGUCGGAGUCGAGUGAGAUCAGGCAGGACUGGAAGCCUCCAUUUCUUAGCAACGAGGAGUUCACCCAACUCAUGCUGGAGGCUUUGGAUGGGUUCUUUAUAGCAAUAAUGACUGACGGGAACAUCCUUUAUGUUUCGGAGAGUGUCACUUCAUUACUAGAACACCUACCGGCCGACUUGGUGGACCAGAACCUGUUGAACUUCCUGCCGGUUGGGGAACACUCUGAAGUGUACAAGGCUCUGUCCACACACCCCACUGACGCAGAGAGCCUUAGUACUGACUAUAUGAAGACUAAGAAUCAUUUGGAGUUCUGCUGUCAUAUGCUGCGCGGGGCCAUUGACCCUAAAGAACUACCCCCUGUCUAUGAGUACGUUAAGUUCAUUGGAAAUUUCAAGUCUCUCAAUAAUGUUCCCAACGUUGCGAGGAAUGGUUUGGCGGGGGUGUUGCAGCGGUCGCUGCAGCCUGCCUUCGAUGACCAGGUGUGCUUUGUGGCCACAGUUCGACUGGCCAAACCCCAGUUCAUCAAGGAAAUGUGUACAGUAGAGGAGCCAAAUGAAGAAUUUACCUCGAGGCACAGUCUAGAGUGGAAAUUUCUCUUCUUGGACCAUAGAGCUCCACCAAUAAUAGGCUACCUGCCUUUUGAGGUGCUGGGAACAUCAGGGUAUGACUAUUACCACGUGGAUGACCUGGAGACUCUGGCCAAAUGUCACGAACACUUGAUGCAGUACGGUAAAGGGAAGUCGUGUUACUACCGUUUCCUGACCAAAGGUCAACAGUGGAUCUGGUUGCAGACGCAUUACUACAUCACGUAUCAUCAGUGGAACUCUCGGCCCGAGUUCAUCGUCUGCACACACACAGUCGUCAGCUAUGCAGAAGUAAGAGCAGAGCAGCGCAGAGAGCUGGGCAUUGUCGAGUCUAAUCCAGAGCCACCCAAUGACAAGAGUCAGGACUCUGGCUCAGAGUCACAACUCAAUACAUCCAGCCUGAAAGAAGCUCUGGAAAGAUUUGACCGCAGCCGAACCCCCUCAACCUCUUCACGAAGUUCCCACAAGUCCUCAUCGCAUGUCUCUGACAACACUUGCACCUCAGCAACAGCUCCCAAACUACACAUGGAGAUGGCCACGCCCCCUCGGCAGUCACUGGCCUCCACCAUGGAGAUGACAUCACAGCGGCGCUCAUCUAUUAGCAGUCAGUCCAUGAGCUCUCAGACCACAGGACAGAGUUUAAAUCCUGGGAUGCUCAAUCAUCAGCAACAACAACAACAACAGCAACAACAACAACAGCAGCAACAACAACUGCAACAACUGCAACAGACACAGCAGCUUCAGACAAACGUUCAGCCGGUGAUGGAGUUCUCAGCACAGGUGAACGCUAUGCAGCACCUUAAAGAUCAGCUGGAGGAGAGGACCAGAAGGAUCCAGGCAAACAUCCAGCGACAGCAGGAGGAGCUGAGACACAUCCAGGAGCAGCUGCAGAGAGUCCAGGGACAGGGCCUACAGAUGUUGCAGCAGCAGCAGGGUGGAGCGAUGAACGUUCAGCUCCCUCAGGUGGGCUCGGUCCAGCAAGCGGCUGCUUUGACUGGUCAGCUGCAGCAAGCGGCCAUCAACCCCGUCCAUUCAGGAGCUCAGCAGCUCACCGUUCAGCAGCAGGCUGCCCCUCAACAGAGCCUACAGCAGCAGACCAACACACUCACACAGCCUCAGUGUCAGCAGCCAGCUCAGGCUCAAGCCCCAGGGUCUGUGUCUGCACCGCUCUACAACACCAUGAUGAUCUCCCAGCCUGGACAGCCUAAUGUGCUGCAGAUCAGCACCAGCCUGCCGCAGAACAACACGCAGCAAGGCACGGCUGUGGCCACCUUCACACAGGACCGACAAAUCCGAUUUCCUGCAGGGCAGCAGCUGGUGACCAAGCUUGUGACAACUCCGAUGCAUGCGUGCAUGCAGGGUGCCGUCAUGGUGCCCACUUCCAUGUUCAUGGGGCAGGUGGUCACUGCGUACAACCCCUUUGGAGGGCAGCAGCAGAGCGGGCAGACCCAGACUCUGACGCUGCAGCCGGCCCAACCAGCUCAAGGUCAGCCCGAUGGCUCGAACCAAACCGCUGUAGUUGCACAGAGCAGCCAGCAGGGGCAGCAGCAGCAACAGUUCUUACAGGGUACUCGUCUUCUCCAUAGUAACCAGUCUGCCCAGCUGAUUCUGCAGGCAGCUUUCCCUCUCCAGCAGCAGGGAACGUUCACCCAGGCCACACUUCCACAGCAGCAGCAGCCUCAACAGCAGCAGCAGCAGCGACAGCAGCAGCAGCAACAGUCUCACCAUCAGAGGCACCAGCAGCAGCUGAAGCCGCAGCCUCAGAAACCGCAGAAAGCCCCGUCGUCGCACAGGACUGACAGCGUUAACAACCAGCCGCAGUGA